AUGUCUCUCCUACGCAUGCUUCUCAACUUUCUCGGUUUCCAUUCAAACGAGGAACCAAAUGAGGAAUCAAGCGAUGAAUCUCCCAGAGCUAUGAACAUAAUAUCCAACCCACCGAAUGCCACACAUGACAUCCUCCUCCUCACCACCCCCACCAGCACCACCCCUUACGAAACCGCAACCCACCUCGCACACUCCCUCCCCACAGCCCGCAUCCUCCUCUACACCUACAACACCUCCCUCACCGUCCAAAGCAUCAGUAAAAACCUCACCUUCGCCAUCUCCGACCAGCGGUUUGACUCACGGGCACGUCCGCUCAUCUGGAUCGCUUUCGGGACGGGGGACAUGGCGUGUAAAGAUGCGCUGGUGCGGUGUUCGGUUAAUGACGGCAAGCUAGGACGCGUGUUGAGUGCUACGAGGGGUGUGGUUUUUUGUAAGGAAGAAGAGGUGGAGCGAAGGGGGAUGAGAGUGUUUCUUAGGAGUUUGGAGGAGAUGAGGUGGGUUGUGGGGGAAGGCGUUGAGGGGUUGGCUAGGAAGCGGGAGGGCUUUGGGGUUGUGAGGGUGGAUGAGGGGGGGGAAAGAGAGAAUUUUGAGGGAGGCAGAGCGGUUUAUGGGUAG